CAGAGGAAGAAAAAACAAUCAGAAGCUGUUAAGUGUGUGAAACGUUGAGAGGAGAGAUUCCAGGGACAAACGUGAAGAAGAAUGGGAGCUAUGAAGUGGCUGGUGGCUUUUGUUUUGCUGGACAUUUGCUCACAGGCAGCAGCACAAUCAGAUAUCCAGGUGUCCGUGUUCUCUGCAACAUCCAAGAGCGUGAUUCUCAGGUGGAACAAGUAUCCCGGGGCCACCUCAUACAAGAUCAGCGUCGCCAAGAGCAGCUCCCCGGAUGACAUCGUUGCUUUUGUCUUGUUCGGACCAAACAUAGUGAUGGGCUCCAUUAACCUCCUGGCCCCCAACAUCGAGUAUGUCUUCAAAGCUGAAGCUCUGGAUGACUCUGAACAACCGCUGAGCUCUAACUCUACUCAAUCAUCAACAGCCCCUGAAAUGAUGAAUCCCAUCAAGUCAGUGAAGCCGAAGGACAGCAGGACCUUGAUGGUUGACUUUGACCUGAAGUUCGGCGCCACAUCCUACAUCAUCCGAGUCCAGAACGAUGACGGCUUCAACAGAGAAGACUCGGUGUCGUCCUCCCCCGCUGAGAUUCGGUCCCUCACACCGUACACCGAGUACACGCUCAGCAUCAUGGCCGUGAACAGCGGAGGCCGCAGCCAACCGUCUGCUCCUCUGACGACAAAGACAGUGUUGCCUCCUCCUCAGCUCUCCACCUCGUCUCCCAGCAACGACAGCAUCGUCGUGUCCUGGGCCCCCGUUGCUCACGCCGUCCUAUACACCGUGUCUGUAUACGACAUGCGCACAAACUCCAAAGUGAAGUACAACAGCUCCGACACCAACAUGACCAUCUCUGGCCUGGACGCCGGCACUCUAUACACCAUCAAGGGUCACGCCUGGGACCCUGAGGGCCGGAUGGGAGAGUGCAGCUCUUACAUCAACCAGACGACACGACCUCCAACGCCGAUUUCUAUCAAUGUGUCUGUGGUGGUGAUUCACAAAGUGCCUGGACUCUCUGUGUCCUGGGAACUGGGCCAGGCGGUCCAAGGAUCCAUUGAGUACAACGUGGUGAGCGACCAGGACCUCAGCUGCAACACCACAUCGACCUCCUGCAACUUGCCUGUAGUGGGCUGUGGAGAGGUGCACACUAUCCAGGUGACCGCCUCAAACGAGGCCGGGCCCAGCUACCCAUCCAGCCCCCUGGUCUUCAUCACCUUCCCUUGUGCACCGGAGUCUUUGGCUCUUGUGGAGACAUCCGAAGGGAACUGCACGCUGUCAUGGGACACGGUGCCUCAUGCUGACAGCUACUCUGCCUUCAUCAAGAGCGGUGACGGCAGAGAGGAGAUCUGCAACACCACCAGCAACAACUGCACCUACCACUGCCAGUGUGGCUACGCAUACCUGAUGUCCGUGUUUGCAUUCAACGCGGCCGGCAGCAGUCCUCAAGGAGAGCUUCUCAACCAUACCACUAAACCCUGCUGUCCAGAGGCCGUGACUGUGUCCGCGGUGAGCGCCGACACUCUGGAGAUCAUGUGGACGGCCUCGCGAGGGUCAGACCUGUACGAGACUCGGGCUGCAGACGGUUCAGAGGUCAUCCUGUGUAACGACACAUCGCCAGUGUGCGCCCUCUCCGACCUCACCUGCGACAGCUCCUACAGCGUGGUGGUGACGCCCUGCAACGAUGUCAGCGGAUGCAACCGUGCUUGCAAAGCUCACACCAAAGGAACAGCUCCCUGCAUGCCCAUGAAUCUGAUGCUGGAUCCGAAAAACUCCUCCUGUGUCACUGUCAGCUGGACGGCCAACAACACGGCGGCUACUUACACAGUGAGCGCAGACGGAGAGGAUGGCAGACGCACGUGCACCACCACUGGAAACAGCUGUGACCUCACAGACCUCCCGUGUGGCUCCAGCUACGAAGUCAUCGUCAUAGCAACCAGCGCCGGCGGCCACAGUUUACCGAGCUACUCUGAAACUCUAGAGACAGUGCCCUGUUGCCCGAUGAAUCUAACAGUCGAUCAGGUGACCCAGGCCAUAACCAACGUGUCGUGGUCUCACGCCAAAGGGGCUCACACGUUCAUCACCUCUCUAACGUCAACCCGCGGCCACGCCCGGUGCCACACGCAGGACUCCCACUGCCUCAUGGGAUGCAUCACCUGUGGCACCAACUACACCGUCACCAUGGAGGCGUUCAGCCACAGCGGGCGCACGUCGAGCUGCACCUAUCAGGGUUUCUCAUCCAGCGCCUGCUGUCCGUCGGGUAUCAAGCUGUACAAGACGGCCAGUAACUCUCUGCGCGUUUACUGGCGCAGCACCGACAGCAGCCACAGCUUCGUCACAGAGGUGAUGGGCAGCAAUUUCAACUACACCUGCUCAGCAUCUCCGGGGCAGAACAGCUGCGAGGUAGCAAACAUACAAUGCGGGGACGUCUAUCACGUGGUGGUAGCGCCGCUUACACCAGAGGGCAGCAGAGUACUGUUCUGUCCUCAGAAGGUAUACUCAGUCACUUGUGCAGGAAGCAAUGUUGGCACAGUGAUUUACAGAGGGAAGAGAAGUGUGGAAUAGCAUACGAUUAUAUCAACGCGUCACACCAAGGCAGAACCAUCAGUGUCCUCAACAACUAUGAUCCAGCACUUCAAUGUGACGACAACAAGCAGAAGUGAACAGCAGGAGCGUGUGUACUGAUGAUUAUAACAAACUAUGAGAUUGUGGAAGCUGUGUCAAAUUGGAAUGAUUGCAAUUUAAAUGAAUCCCUGAAUAAUAAAUAAAAUAUAAAAGAAGAAAGUCAGUUGGAAAAACAUAACAUGGCCCAUAUAUAUGAAACAUGCUGCCCCUUCACUUUAAGAGGUGUCGAUUGGAUAAGUAAUGUAAUUAAAAUAUAUUCCUUAGCUCCCCCAUGUAGGAGGCCUCCUGAUGACGAAGCGGCACAUGCUGGUCUGUGUGUCUUUAAAUAAACCGUCCAGUUUGUUUAUAAAGUCCCCCGGCGUGCUGCGUCUUAUUCUCAGGAUGUAUUUGAUUAUUUGGGAUGUGUGUCACAGUGUAAACUUGAUGCGUGUCUCAUGUUUUCAAUAAAGAAUUCUCAGCAUCA